AUGGUGGCUGUGGUGACCGUGGAGGAUCUGCCGCAGAUGUGGCAGAAGCCCAGCUACGACCAUCUCGUCGCCAUCAUGACCAGUCUGGAGCUGGGCCCAGCCGCCUGGAGCAGCCACCGCGGCCGCGACCGGAGGGGUGGCACUCGCGACACCCGGGAGCAGUCGUCGCUCGCCGCGCAGCAGAGGAGCGUAGAGACGCGGUACGUCGCCUCGGUCAUCAAGAGCCCGCUCGCCUGGCUGGCCACUGACGACCAGCGCGAGGACAUCUGGGCGGCGGCGGGCAGGCGCAUGUCGGAGCGCUGCGGGCGCAUGGCUGUUGGCGACAUCGUGCGGCGCUGGCCCUUUCCUGCGCCGGCGGCCGAGACUAUCGCGACGGCGUUGAGAUGCGAGCCGUUUGAGCUGGUGAUUCGCGAGCCGGCGCUGACGGGCACCGCCUGCCUCGGCCUCAAGACGUGGGCGAGCGCGUAUGUCCUGGCGCAGCAGCUCCCGCGGCUGGCCGCCUCGUCGCUCUUUCGCCUCUUUGACGAGUCGCUCGGCCAGCCGCCGCCCGCGGUGCUCGAGCUGGGCUCCGGCACGGGCUUGCUGGGGCUCGCGGCCGCGGCGCUCUGGAAGGCAUCCGUGACGCUGAGCGAUCUGCCGGCCAUUGUGCCGAAUCUGCAGUACAAUGUGCUCGCGAACAAGGAUGUGGUGGCGGCGGUGGGCGGAGGGGAUCUGCGAAUCGGAUGCCUGACGUGGGGAGACGAGGAAGAUGCGGCGCAGUCGGACCAGGAGCUCUUUGGCGAGCCAUAUCAGUUUCCGAUUGUGUUGGCGGCCGACUCGCUGUAUAACGACAACCACCCCGGCUUGCUGGCGUCGGCCAUUUCGCGCAACUUGGCGCUCGGAUCGGAGGCGAGAGCCCUGGUCAUGUCUCCGAAGCGCGACGGCAUCACGCUCAAGCUGAUUGAAGAGUUUAAGCAGAUGAUGCUGGACUUGGAGCCGCCGCUGUUUUGUGAAGAGGAGGACGAGUUUGCAGGCGACGACGACUGGACCGCGGAGGACGAGGAGGAGGACGAGGAGGGGGCGAAUGGUGGGAAUGUGCGCUGCUGGUUGGGUGUAUUUUCGAGAGGAGGCUCUCCGUUGAUGGCGGAGGCCGACUAG